AUGACUGAACUUCAGGCUUUAGAGAGAAACCAAACUUGGACUUUGAUGAAGCUUCUUCUAGGAAAGCACACUAUUGGAUGCAAAUGGGUUUAUAGGAUCAAACAUAAGGCAAAUGACUCCAUAAAGAGAUACAAGGCUCGGUUGGUUGCUAAGGGCUUUACACAACAAGAAGGGGUUGAUUAUUUUGAAACCUUUUCCCCUGUAGCCAAGUUCACUACAGUGAGAUUUCUUAUUGCCUUAGCAUCAACACAAAACUGGUUUCUGCAUCAAUUAGAUGUAGAUAAUGCCUUUCUACAUGGUGAUUUGGAGGAAGAAGUAUACAUGCGACCUCCUCAAGGCUUGGAGGUUGCUCGUUUCAAAAGAGGAUUGGUUCUUAAUCAACGAAAAUAUUGUUUAGAAUUAAUUGAUGAAGUUAGCCUUCUUGGCUACAAACCUGCUUCUACUCCAGCAGAUCCCGCUACUAAACUUUAUGUAGAUCAUGGAACCCCUUUAGAAGAUCCUUCUUCCUUUAAAAGACUUAUCGGUAAACUGAUUUAUCUUACAAACACUCGUCCAAAUAUUAGUUUUGCAGUUCAACAUUUAAGUCAAUUUUUUGCUUGUCCAAGAGAACCACAUAUGCAAGCUGCCAUGCGAAUCAUUAGAUAUUUGAAGAGUGCACCAGGCACUGGUUUAUUUUACCCUGCCUUUAAUUCUCUUCGAAUUCAAGCCUUUUCUGACUCAGAUUGGGCUACAUGUACAACCACUCGCAGAUCAAUAACUGGUUAUUGUGUUUUUCUAGGAAAAGCUCUCAUUUCUUGGAAGUCUAAGAAGCAGUCUACUGUUUCCAGAUCAUCUUUAGAGGCAGAAUAUCGCGCCUUAGCUUUUGUUACAUGUGAACUACAAUGGUUAAAGUAUCUUUGCAGUGAUCUUCAUUUGAGAAUCCUACACCUUUUACCACAUUUUGUGAAUCUGCCAUCCAGAUAG